ACCUAGCUGACAAGACCCCUAUCUCUGACAAAGAACAAUACUCUACGGGUUAAAAGUCACAGGUAAGAAAACUUAAAUUUUAAUGUUAAAUAUAGUGAGUCAAGACAUUUGAUAUAGUUUUCUUAAAUGCAUAUAGUGAAUUAAAUAGUAAUAUAAUUUAAAAUUUGUAUGAGGAAAGAUGAGAACCUAAUUGCAGAGAUAUAAGUAUGUAGACAGACAGACAACUAGAAAAUCAAAGAGAGGUAUGUGGACAAACAAAAAUAUGUCCUCUUCAGACUCAAAUAGUUUGACAUAAAUAAAAAUAAAAAGUAAGAAAAAUCUAAAUAAAUAAAAAAAUUCAUACCUACAGCAUUGUCUUGCAAAAAGGAUAUGUGGCUUUCCUUCCUGCCACAAAUAUGAGUAAUAAAUUCAUUACAGCAGACACUCAUGCACACACACAUUACAGUCACCAAGACUAUAAAUUUCCAAGGUCUGGCUUGCUGGAUGAGAACUUAAAUUUUUAUGGGAUGUGUGAAAAAAUUUAAAGGAGAGGAAAGGAAUUAGUUGACCUGACAACAUUGAGUCACCAAUUUUGACCUCUUCCUUCUUAGCCUUGCCCAUCUCUUUCCUGACACACCUACACACUGCCACCUUACCUCUAUGUCACCUAAUUACGAAGAUGAGAAGACAUCUUUUUUUUUAUGUAGGAGGGACACUGGUCAAGAGCAACAAAAAUCCAAUGAAAAAAAAAGCCCACUGAGAUGCCAGUCCCAGAAAAGGGUCCAAAGCAGUAGUCAAAAAUUGAAGGAUAAGUGUCUUGAAACCUCCCUCUUAAAGGAAUUCAAGUCAUAGGAAAGUGAAAAUACAGAAGCAGGCAGAGAGUUCCAGAGUUUACCAGAGAAGAUGAAUGAUUGAGCAUACUUAACUCUUGCAUUAGAGAGGUGGACAGAAUAGAGGAGAGAGAAAGAAGAAAGUCUUGUGCAGUGAGGCCAUGGGAGAAUGGGAGGCAUGCAGUUAGCAAGAUCAGAAGAGCAGUUAGCAUGAAAAUAGCAGUAGAAGACAGCUAGAGAUGCAACAUUGCAGCAAUGAGAGAGAGGCUGAAAAAAGUCAGAGGAGAGGAGUUGAUGAGAUGAGAAGCUUUUGAUUCCACCUUGUCUAGAAGAGUGGUAUGAGUGGAACCCCCCCAGACAUGUGAAGCAUACUCCAUACAUGGAUGGAUAAGGCCCUUGUACAGAGUUAGCAUCUGGGGGGACGAGAAAAACUGGCAGAGAUGUCUCAAAAUGCCUAACUUCAUAGAAGCUGUUUUAGCUAGAGAUGAGAUGUGAAAUUUUCAGUUUAGAUUAUAAGUAAAGGACAGAUCAAGGAUGUUCAAUGUUGAAGAGAGGGACAGUUGAGUGUUAUUGAAGAAGAGGGGAUAGUUGUCUAGAAGGUUGUGUCGAGUUAAUAGAUGGAGGAUUUGAGUUUUUGGGGCAUUGAACAAUACCAAGUUUGCUCUGCCCCAAUCAGAAAUUUUAGAGAGAUCAGAAGUCAGACGUUCUGUGGCUUCCCUGCGUGAAAUGUUUACUUCCUGAAGGGUUGGGCAUCUAUGAAAAGGUCCAUAAGCAUUCUGAAAAUAAUAGAAAUAAAAAAAAAUAAGAAAUACACAUGCAUACUUUACCAAUGCAUAAAAAAUAUAUAUAAAAUAAGAGAAAAAAAAUUUUUAUUUAGUGUUCUUACCUUGGAAACAGACGUUUGUGGCUAACGGAGGUGGAUGGCGGAGGAGGACGGAGGGAGAAAGGGAUGCAGGCACCAUUCACACGUAAACAUUAAACAAACUAAAACUGCACUUUCUUUAAACAAAACCAAAACUGCACUUUCUUUACUUUAAACCAAACUAAAACCGCACUUUAAACCAAACUAAAACCGCACUUUCCUUAGACAAAACUAAAACGGCACUUUCUUAAUUGUAAAAAAAGAAAAAAAGAAAAAAAAUGCAUUCUUAACUUUAGACCUUGCUUAACACAACACUACAUUUUUCAGUUAUCCUCACUUUUUUUUUUUUUUUGGCUGCACUUUCAGCACUUUUACUUGCAGGCCUUUUUGAAAAAAGAAUCUAUCCAAAGAGUCUUGUUUUUGCCUGCCUUUCAAAAUGUUAUGGAAAUGAGUCAAACAAGUGUCCUUAAAAAGUGAUGAAGCACGACCAUUUGAAACUUUUUUUUUGGGCGUUUCUUUUCAAUGAAACUUGAAAGCUUCUCCCACAUUACCAGCAUGUCUUUAAUUUCGCUUGUAGAAAUCAUUUCCUCUGGCUCUAUCUCCUCCUCAUUAUUAAUCUCCUGCAGAACCUCCAUAUGUUGCAUCGUCUGUAGCUCCUUCAACUUGUCUGUUGAGAGUUUCUCUUCAUGUUCCUCAACGAGUUUAUGAAUGUCACCCUCAUCUACCUCCAGAUCCAUCAACUUUCAACAAUCUCCUCCAGCACUUCUGACUCAGGCUCAAUGUUGGGUUCAAAUCCUAUGAAGUCCCUCUCUGCAACAACAUCAGGCCAUAACUUUUUCCAUGCAGAGCAGAAGGUUCUUCUUGUAAUCCUUUGCCAUGCCAAGUCAAUAAUGUGUAAGCAUAUUAUGAAGUUAUAGUGCUCUUUCCAGAACUCCCGAAGGGUUAGAUUAGUGUUCUUGGUUACCUCAAAGCAGUGGUGGAACAAAUGCUUUGUGUAGAGCUUCUUGAAGUUGGAGAUGACCUGCUGAUCCAUAGGUUGUAAGAUUGUAGUAGUGGGAGGUGGGAGGUAGAGGACCUUCAUGAAUUUGAAUGCGUCAAGGAUGUCAUUUUCAAGGCCAGGUGGGUGUACUGGAGCAUUAUCCAGAAUGAGUAAUACUUUCAUCGGGAGUUUUUUCCCUUGAAGAUACUUCUUCACUGCAGGAUCAAAGAUGAGAUUUACCCAUUCAGUAAAAAACUGCCGAGUAACCCAUGCCUUACCAUUGGCAUGCAACAUAACCUGCAGUUUCUCUUUAAGAAUCUUAUUCAUCUUAAAGGCUCGAGGAUUUUCUGAGUGAUAUACUAGCAGUGGUUUGACUUUACAAUCACCACUAGCAUUUGUACACAAUGCAAGAGUCAGACGGUCCUUCAUAGGUUUAUGGUCUGGCAGCUUCUCUGCACUGAUGAAAGUCCUCUGUGGCAUUUUCUUCCAAAAUAGCCUUGUUUCAUCACAGUUGAAAACUUGGGGGAGGUGUAGCCUUCCUUCGCAAUAAGUGAAGCAAAACGUGUGACGUAAUCCUCUGCUGCCUUAACAUCAGCACUUGCAGCUUCACCAUGCCUCACCACCAAAUGGAUGCCAGUUCUCUCCUUAAGAUUUUUUAAUCAGCCAUGAUUUGCUUUAAAUGAACUUUCUGCUGCCUCUGCUAAAGUAGGUGGUGCUUGUUUCUUCAAGCCGCCAUAAAUAAUAUGCGCCUUUUCGCAUAUUACAGCCUCUGACACUGUAUCUCCUGCCAACUCUUUCUCUCACCCACACCAGCAGAAGCUUCUCCAUCUCUCCAUGGAUGUUUGUUCUUAAUUGGGACAGAAUUGUAGUUCCUUUCACUGGUGUUGCACUUCUGAUUACAUCCUUUUGUUUAAGGAUAGUACAAAUUUAGAUGUACUGCAGUCAUAUUGCCUUGCCAGUUCAAGCAUUUGGACAUCACACUCAUGUUUUUCUAUUAUUUCUUGCUUCACUUCUAUUGACAUCAUUCUUUUCUUCUUCUCACCACUGUCCUUUGCACUCACUUUCUUUGGCCCCAUGCUGACACACACAAAAAGGUAAGUAAACAGUGUGAAAAUGAUGAAAGAAUGAGCACAGAGACAAGAUCCAACUCGCUGCACGGGAAACACAUGGAUACUGGAUCAGCUGAUGCUGGACCGAUGUGCCGACUAGCGGCAGCACCCUGAAGCACGACUCAUAUCUCAAAAUUUUGCUCGCAACUCAAACAAAAUAAAUGGACCAAAUUGUAGCUUGUAUCUUAAAGAACUUGUAUGUCAGGCUGCUUGUAUCUCAAGGUUGUUGUGUAUGUGUGUGUGUGCGUGUGUGUAUUUACCUAGUUGUAUUUAUCUAGUUGUGUUUUACAGGAAAAGAGCUAUGCUCAUGCUGUCCUGUCUCCAUAUCUAUAAGCUUCCAGCUUAACUUUAAAUUCAUGAAUAUUUGUUGCUUGUACCACUGUUUCAUCUAAGUUGUUCCAUAUUUCUAUGCUUCUAUUUGGGAAACCAUAUUUCUUGAUAUCUCUUCUACUUGGUGUUUUCUUCAGUUUCACUCCAUGUCUUCUUGUAUCUCUUGAGUCCCACACAUAUAAGUCUUCUUUGUCAACUUGAUCCUUACCCUUUAAAGCUCUGUAUAUAGCAAUCAGGUCUCCUUCUCUUCUCUCUUGUAAUGAUGGAAGCUUCAAUCUCCUUAAUCUUUCUUCAUAGGUUAAAUUUCUCAAACUUGGUACCAAUUUGGUUGCAGCUCUUUGGAUCCUUUCUAUUUUCCUUAUUUCCUUUUUAUCAUGGGGUGACCAAACAAUUGUGGCAUAUUCUGGUUUUGGUCGAAUCACAUAUUCCAUCAACUUAUUCAUCAUCUCUUCAUCCAUGUAAGCAAAUGACCCUUUCAUCUUUCUUAGUAACUCAUAGGUUUCCCCAACUAUUUUGUUUACAUGUUUUUCUGGUGAUAAAUUAUCCCUGAUUGUAAUUCCCAAGUCUUUUUCUUCUUUGGUUUUCUUAAUAUCCACUUCUCCCAUGGUGUAAGAACUUGUCAAUCUUCUUUUGCUUUUUCCUAAGUCCUUGCAUUUCUUUGCAUUGAAUUCCAUUUCCCAUUUCUUAUUCCAUUUAUAUAUCAUAUUUAUAUCUUUCUGUAAUAUUUCACAAUCCAUAUUGUUUUCCACUCUUUUCAAUAAUUUUGCAUCGUCUGCAAACAUUAUGGGGGCUAAGACUGUCCCCUGUGGUACUCCACUUGCAACUCUACACCAUUCUGAUUUUUCUCCCUUUAUUACUGUUCUCAUUUCUCUAUCCCUCAAGAAGUCUGUAAUCCAAUUCAGUGUGUUUCCUUGCAAACCCCUUAUAUUUUGAAUUUUCCAUAACAGUCUCUGGUGUGGUACCUGGUCAAAUGCUUUUUUUUAGGUCUAAAUAAACACAGUCUGCCCAAUCCUCUCUCUUGAAUUAUAUCAAUUGUUCUACUAUAAAAGCUCACUAAAUUCAUGACACGAGAUCUUCCACUUCUGAAACCAAAUUGCCUGUCAGUCAAUGUAUGUGUUUCUUCUAAAUCUUCCAUCCAUCUGUUUUUAACUAUUCCUUCCACUAUUUUUGCCACCACACUUGUUAGGGACACUGGUCUGUAAUUCAAUGGAUCUUCUUUAUUACCUCCUUUAAAAAUGGGCACAAUAUUGGCUCUCUUCCAGUCUAAAAGAAUUUUUCUUUCCUUAAAAGAACAUACUAUGGUAUUGUGUAUACCUUCUGUCAGUUGUUCACGACAUUCCUUAAGUAUCCAGUUGGACACUCCAUCUGGUUCUUGAGCCUUACUUACAUCCUAAUAUUUCAUAAUCCUAAUUUCACUUAUGUCCACCUGUAUCUUUCUUAUCACAUUGUUUCUGUGCCAUGCUCUUUCUCCUUCAAAUAUGCUUUCUUUGGUAAAUGAUGACUGGAAGCACUUGUUCAUUAAUUCCGCUUGUAACCGUGUAUCUUCAUAUGUAAUGUCAUCUUUCGUUAAUUUAUCUAUUGUUUGUCUGUUUUUCAUCUUCCCAUUCACAUAUCUGAAGAAUAACUUUGGCUCACCUUUGCAUUUGCUAACUAUAUCUUUCUCAUAAUUCCUUUCUUCACCUCUCAGGAUUCUGAUAUAUUUGUUUCUUGCCUUCUUGAAAUCUUCCCAUUUCUCACUUACUCCUUUUUUUUUCUCCAUCUAUUCCAUGCUGCCUCUUUUUCUUUUCUUGCUGUUAUACUUCUCAUAUUAAACCAGUCUUUUUUCUUUUUCACUUCCUUUGUUUUGAUCUUCAGUACAUAUCUAUUGACCCCUUCAUUAUAAAUUUCCAUGAAUAUGUCCCACUUUUCCUGCGUACUGCUUGCCGUGAACAGUUGUUUCCAUUUAGUCUCUGCAAAAUAUUCCCCCAACCUGAUCAGAUCUGCUUUCCUGUAAUUAUAUCUACCAUUCUUGUAAAUUUCAUUCUUAUUUUCUAUUGGACCACUGCCUAUACUGAAUUCAAUUAACACUUUUACCUAGUGGGCACGGAUAAUUUAUUCCUUCAAUGAUGUCCAUUUCCUUUGUAAACACCAAGUCUUGAUGCCACUUCAUUACCCCCAAAUCUUGUAUUUUCUCCAAUCCACUGGUUCAUAGUAUUUGUCAUUAUUAAAUUUAGAAGCAUAUAUCCCCAUGACUCUUCUCCCCCGUACAUGGUCCACUCUUCCCACCAUACCUCCUUGCAAUUAAAGUCACCCAUAAGUGUUAUAUUAUUACCCUCUGCCAGUAUUCUCUCCAAACAGUUACUAGUAUCUCUUAACAAUAAUUUAUAAUCCUCUUGUGUCUUUGGGGGUACAUAAGGCACUGCAAAAUAUCUUCUUCCUUCUCCUUUCCUUUUUGUUUGAAUUCUAAUUACUUCCGCCAUUCCUUCUCCUAUUUCAACCUCUUCCACUGUUAUACUCUUCUUUGUAAGUAACAUGACUCCUCCCCCUUUCUUAUUAUUUCUAUGUUUUAUCCGCACAUUAUAAUUACUAUUACCAAUUCUUAUAUUUUCUGUUGUCUCAUUUAGUUUAACUUCAGUAAUACCCAUGAUGUCGGGCUGCUUUAUCUUAAUAUAAUUAUUCAAUUCUCGCAAUGUUGAUAUUAAAUGUUGAUAUUUGUAUAUGCCACUGUCCACUUUUUAUUUUUCCAUACAUUAUUUACAUUUUCUAUUCUUUUUUUCUCAGAUACCACCUCCUGAGCCUCUUGUCUUUUACCUUCCAAUAGAACUUUUUUUUCUCUUCCUCUGUUCUGUUCUCGUUUUUCGCCUUUGCUUCUUUUAUUAGAUCACUUACCUUGAGUCUCUCCUCAUUCAUGUCCCUCUUUAUCCAAACUUUCCUGUAUUGCUCUGUCUUGUCCACUUUCCACGCAUUCGAUAUCACUUCCAUGGCUGUUGUUUGUGCCCUAAAUUUUACUUUCAGUGGUCGCUCUCCUCCUUCUAUAUACUUCCCCAGUCUAUGUAUUUCUUCAAUUUCACUUAUCUAGUCCUCCCCUUCUCUCUGUAUAUUUCUUACAAUGUCCUCUGCUAUCUUUUUUUUGUUCUCUUUCCCUCGUGUGUGUGUGUGUGUGUUGUAAAUUAAUAGUAAAGCUGUUAGCAAUUUUUGAAAAUUUAUUGGCUUUCUUUCACCUCUUUCAUAUUUACCUGUUUAGAUAGAUUAGGGGUAAAUAUUAAGAAGGCACAUGCAACUCUAUUUCCUAUUGUUUCUGGCUCCAGCCCCCUACAAUCUUCGGAACCUGGUGGGAAAAAGGGGUUUUCAGGUGAGGAAAGCUAAAAUAUGGCCAAAUACUGCCUCAUACCACCAGAUAUAAGUAGAGAGCUACUGCUGCUGCUGUGAUGGCUACCAUGUUCUUGAUCUUGCUGUUGCUGCUGGCAUCCUAACUUAACUAAACCUAACUAAUCCUGACCUAACUAAACCAGUAAAUGUGAAAUAUCAAAUACAGAUUUCUGUAAUAACAACAGCAAGAUCAAGAACACAGCAGUCAUCACGACAGUAGCAGCAGCAGCUCUCUGCUUAUUUUUGGUGGUAAGAGGUGGUAUUUGGCCUUAUUUUAGCUUUCCUCACUCGAAAACCCCACUUUCCCACCAGGCAUCAAAGUUGUAGGGGGUAGGAGCCAAAAAUACCUCCUUAAUGUUUACCAAGUUAGGUUUAGUUAGGUUAGGAUGUUAGCAGCAAGAGCCAGAUCAAGAACAUGGUGGCCAUCACAAGAGCAGCAGCAGCAGUAGUAGGAUGGGAGGGAAGCCUGCCUCAGAAAAACAUGAGAUGGUGGCAGCCACCCUGGGGGAUGAAGAGGAGUGUGCUGUGGCUGUCUUUGGAAAUGGCAGGGAGGACCGAGAACCAUCCCUUCCCUCCCUGCCCCCAGAUGGAUGGGGCUGGUGUGGAGGCGAGGCAGCCUGUUGCUUCUUUGCCCCCUGAGGCACCUCAGGCCUCUGGGGGCAAGGGUGUGAUGGUGGGUCCUGUGGUCCUGGCCCCUGAGAGCCAAGAUAUUUCUACCACUUCUGAUGAGGUGGUGGUGGUAGAACUGUCCAGUCCUCCAAGGAAGGCCACUCCUUCUGUGAUUGAGAGGGUUCAUAGAGUACAGAAAAAUAAGAGACUGCCCAUCCUGGUCGUAGGGGAUAAUAUGGUUAAAAACACCAGGAGACGUGUGACCAUGAGGAGGGAGAAAAGCGUCCUCAAAAGCCUGAGUGGGAAAGACUGUCCAGGACUGUCCAGGAGGCUAAGGCAAGUGUGAAGGAAAUAUAUGAAGGAAUGGUGAUGCUGCAGGGAAGGGGGAACAGCCUUAGGGACGUUGGUCCUGUCCAGACAACUGAAAAGGUGCUAAGGAGUGUGGAAGAGCUAAAAAGGGAGAAAAAAGGAUAUGGGUAGUUGUAGUUGGGGUAUUGAGACAACCAAGAGAAAGCCAAGGAUAUGAGGAAAUGAGGCAGGAGGCAAAUAAGAGGAUACAGGAAGGCAUUAUAAGUAUGAAGAUUAAAGCUUGCAGGGACAGAGAGGACUAUGGUGUAAGCUUCCCGGAUCUGGACGACACACUGCCUCAUCAGGCGUUCAGAAGGGAUGGCGCACAUCUUAAUUGGGAGGGAGAGAGAGGGUUAUGUGUGACAAGUUUCUGGAAUGGAUCAGGGCAACAGAGAGGUUACACAUUACCUAGUGACAGACAGCAGGCAGGACACAGUGACAUCAGAAUGAUGUCACUGUACAAGUGGCUUUGCCUUGCUCUUUGAGUUUUCUCUGAGUUUUGUGGUUUAUUUUCUCUUGCCUGUGUGCUAAAAUACCCUGAAGAUGGUGAUGAGUGUGUGUGGUUCAUGUGAGGAGAGUGUGGCGAACAGGCAAAGGGCUGUGGCAUGAGAGAGGUGCAUGGCCUGGUUCCAUGUAGCCUGUGUGGGCAAGAGGGAAGCCAACAUGAAGACGCUGGGGUCUGAGCUUCUGGUGUUCCUAUGCAGGGAAUGCCUGAGCAAGAGCCUCAAUGAGUGGAGGAGCCAGGAUGAGGAAAAAGAAGAGAGAGUGGAGCAGAGCACCCAGACAGAAAACCUAAUGAAAGAGGCAGAAGCACAGACAAUGAGGACUGAAGAGAGAAAAGACCAGCAAGAAGUGGUGGAAGUGGCUAGAACAGACAGACGCCCAAGGAAGAAGAGAAUGGUAAUCAAGAAAGCCCCAGUACAUGUCAUUGGAGACAGCAUGGUAAGGAAGACUCCCGACUUCGUGAGAAGGGAAAUUGAGUGCACCAGCAUGGGAGGUGCUAAGGUCCAAGACAUCAAGAGGAAAGUCAAGGAAGAAGUGCAAGAAAUGGAAGAGAGAAGCCUGCUAGUGAUUCAAGGAGGAGGCAACAACUUAGUAGAGGCAGGUGCUGAAGAAACAGUAAAGGAAGUGAUAGAAGCAGAGAAGGCAGCAGAAGAAAAGAUGUGUGUGGCUGUGGUGGGGGUCCUGCGGCGCCCAUGGGAAGGAGUGCAGUACGAGAAGGUAAGAAGUGAAAUGAACCACAAGAUAUGCAUGUAACUCAUGAAGGUCAAGAUGGAAUGGAUGGCAGAGAAGAAGGGCAACGUGAGCUUCUUAGACAUGGAUGGGAUCCUCAACCAGGACAAAUUCUACAGGAGAGCGGGAAUGAGAAGCUAGGACAUCGACUGGCCGAGUGGAUGAGGGCGAGGCAUGACGAGGAGGACCCACUGAUGUCAGCAAACAUGGAAGAGAAGAGACUAACCAGGAGUUGCCGAUCCAAAGGCCUGGCUUAGGAGUGAUCCUGAGCCACCUGUACCAUCUCUCACCGCUGCAAUGUUGCAUAUCUAGCUGUCUUCUACCGCUAUUUUCAUGCUAACUGCUCUUCUGAUCUUGCUAACUGCAUGCCUCCCCUCCUCCCGCGGCCUCGCUGCACAAGACUUUCUUCUUUCUCUCAUCCCUAUUCUGUCCACCUCUCUAAUGCAAGAGUUAACCAGUAUUCUCAAUCAUUCAUCCCUUUCUCUGGUUAACUCUGGAACUCCCUGCCUGCUUCUGUAUUUCCACCUUCCUAUGACUUGAAUUCCUUCAAGAGGGAGGUUUCAAGACACUUAUUCAUCAAUUUUUGACCACUGCUUUGACCCUUUUAUGGGACUGGCAUUUCAGUGGGCAUAUUUUUUUUAUUGGAUUUUUGUUGCCCUUGGCCAGUGUCCUUCCUACAUAAAAAAAAAAAAAAAAUCAAGAUUUUGAUGGGGAGGCAAAAUUUUUACUUAAUUUUAGCCUUAUUUUAGCUCUAGGGGUAAAUUUCCACCUAACUAAGAGCGAAAGAAAACCAAUAAAUGUAAAAAAAUC